GGCCAGCCGCGCGCCGCCCGCCCGCCCGCCGCCGCCCACGCCCCGCGACCGGAGCCCCGCGCCUCCCGCCAGCCGUGGUAAGCGCUCGGCGGCGCCGCGGCCCCCGGCCCGGGGCAGGCCCGCCCCCGACGCCGAGGCGGCCGCGCCGAGCCUGCAAGAGCCGGAGCCAGAGCGCGGGCUGCCGGCACGGACCUUCAUUGCCGCUCUCGAGGCCGCUGCCGCCCGAUAUCCUGCUUUUCACACUGGGAGCCGUUUUUCUUCACUUUGCUCAUUGCAACCAGGACAGAGGCAAAGGCAGCUGUGGAAAGCACCAAGGAGUGCCGCCUUUGCCCCACUCCCUGGCGGGGUGGAAGGAGUUGUGGAGUCUUGGAGUUAAUGGGCAUUGUGGGGGCACUCCAGUCCAGCCUUAUUCCCAACCAGUGAGAGAAUCCUUGCGCAGCCACCUGAGACCCUGCUUGCCCGGAACCGCCAGGGAUGAGCUGCCUUCUGAGAGCAUCUUUCAUUGGUCCUUAGAGGGACAGGUCACUGCCAAAGCCGCCACUUCUGUCAGCCUCAGUAACUCUGAGCUUAUUUGGACUUUAUGGAUUUUUCCCAGAUGUGAAGGUCCCUCCCUGGGCACCACUGGUCAGACCAGCAUCUAGUAGCUUGGGGCCCUGGUUCACUCAGCAUAGGCUCCUGCCUGAAGAGAGGCUGGUCCGUACUCUACCUGCUGCCCAGAGUCUUCCCCUGCUGUGACUCUGGUUAGCUCAUGGUGUGAGUGGCACGUGGCUGGUUUAGGUGUUUGGAGAGUGAACUCCUGGUCCCCUCACCCCUGCUCAUCUCUGAUCUCUAGGACACACCCAGCUCCACAAUGGCAGCAGAGACCCUCAACUUUGGGCCCGAGUGGCUGAGGGCACUUUCUAGCGGUGGCAGCGUGGCCUCCCCGCCCCCUUCUCCUGCCAUGCCCAAGUACAAGCUGGCUGACUAUCGAUAUGGGCGAGAGGAGAUGCUGGCUCUCUACGUCAAGGAGAACAAGGUCCCAGAUGAGCUGCAGGACAAGGAAUUUGCUGCGGUGCUACAGGAGGAGCCACUGCAGCCCCUGGCACUGGAGCCGCUGACCGAAGAGGAGCAGAGAAACUUCUCCCUGUCAGUGAACAGUGUGGCUGUGCUGAGGCUGAUGGGGAAAGGGGCUGGCCCCGCCCCAGGCGGCGCCUCCCGUGGCAGGGGCAGCACUCGGAGCCGAGGUCGUGGCCGUGGUGACAGUUGCUUUUACCAAAGAAGCAUUGAAGAAGGCGACGGGGCCUUUGGUCGAAACCCCCGGGAGAUCCAGCGCAGCCAGAGUUGGGAUGACAGAGGCGAGAGGCGGUUUGAGAAGUCGGCCAGGAGGGAUGGAGCACGAUCCGGGUUUGAGGAGGGAGGGGCUGGUCCGAGGAAGGAACAUGCCCGCUCAGAUAGCGAGAACUGGCGUUCUCUCCGGGAGGAGCAAGAGGAAGAGGAGGAGGGCAGCUGGAGACUUGGGGCAGGACCCCGGCGAGAUGGUGACCGCUGGCGUUCAUCUAGCCCUGAUGGUGGCCCCCGCUCGGCUGGCUGGCGGGAACAUGGGGACCGCCGUCGCAAGUUUGAUUUUGAUUUGCGAGGGGAUCGAGGAGGGUGUGGUGAAGAGGAAGGGCGGGGUGGGGGGAGCAGCUCUCAUCUCCGGAGGUGCCGAGCGCCUGAUGGCUUUGAUGAUGACAAGGACGGGCUCCCAGAGUGGUGCCUGGAUGAUGAGGAUGAAGAAAUGGGCACCUUUGAUGCCUCUGGAGCCUUCUUGCCUCUCAAGAAGGGCCCCAAGGGGUCUAUUCCUGAGGAGCAGGAGCUUGACUUCCAGGGUCUGGAGGAAGAGGAGGAAGAGCCUUCCGAAGGGCUGGACGAGGAGGGAGCUGAGGCAGGUGGGAAGGAACUGACCCCACUGCCACCUUCAGAGGAGAAGUCCAGCUCUCCAUCCCCAUUGGCUACCUUGGGCCCACUCUGGGGAGCUAAUGGGGAAGGAGGUGAUGCUGUGGAGAAAGACCUGCCAGUUACUGAAGGAGAUGAUUUGAGGGGCAUGCAGCUGAGUCCUGGAGUGGGCUCACCCCCCGGCCCGCCUGGAGAUCUGGAAGAUGAUGAAGGCUUGAAGCACCUGCAGCAGGAGGCAGAGAAGCUUGUGGCAUCCCUACAAGACAGCUCCCUGGAGGAGGAGCAGUUCACGGCUGCCAUGCACACCCAGGGCCUGCGACACUCUGCAGCUGCCACUGCCCUCCCUCUCAGCCAUGGUGCGGCCCGAAAAUGGUUCUACAAGGACCCACAGGGAGAGAUCCAAGGCCCCUUUACAACACAAGAGAUGGCAGAGUGGUUCCAGGCGGGCUAUUUCUCCAUGGCCCUGCUUGUGAAGCGUGGUUGUGAUGAGGGCUUCCAGCCACUUGGUGAGGUGAUCAAGAUGUGGGGUCGUGUCCCCUUUGCCCCCGGGCCCUCACCACCCCCGCUGCUGGGAAACAUGGACCAGGAGCGGCUGAAGAAGCAGCAGGAGCUGGCAGCAGCGGCACUGUACCAGCAACUGCAGCACCAGCAGUUUCUUCAGCUGGUCAACAGCCGCCCCCUCCAGCAGUGUGGGCUCCGGGAAAAGGUGGCUCUGGGGGACUUGACGCCACCGCAGCAGCAGCAGCUUACCGCCUUCCUGCAGCAGCUCCAAGCUCUCAAACCCCUCAGAAGUGGGGACCAGAACCUGCUCCCGACGAUGAACCGGUCUUUGUCGGUGCCAGAUUCAGGCUCCCUCUGGGAUAUACAUACCUCAGCCUCAUCACAAUCAGGCGGUGAGGCCAGUCUAUGGGACAUACCAAUUAACUCUUCGACUCAGGGUCCAAUUCUAGAACAACUCCAGCUGCAACAUAAAUUCCAAGAGCGCAGAGAAGUGGAGCUCAGGGUGAAGCGGGAAGAGGAGGAGCGCAAGCGCCGAGAAGAGAAGCGACGCCAGCAGCAACAGGAGGAGCAGAAGCGGCGACAGGAGGAAGAGGAGUUGUUUCGGCGCAAGCAGGUGCGGCAACAGGAGCUACUACUAAAGCUGCUGCAGCAGCAGCAGGCAGUGGCCGCUGUCCCAGUGCCCCCUGCACCCAGCUCCCCACCCCCACUGUGGGCUGGCCUGGCCAAGCAAGGACUCUCCAUGAAGACGCUGCUUGAACUGCAGUUGGAGAGCGAGCGACAGCUGCACAAGCAGCCUCUGCCUCGGGAGUCAUCGCGGGCCCAGGCCUCCAACCACCGAGUGCUUGGGGGCCUGGGCGCUACUCCCGUGAACCAGUGGGUAUCUGAGUCUGCGCCGCUGUGGGGCGGGCCCGACAAGAGUGGGGGCAGCAGUGUCGGCCUGGGGCUUUGGGAGGACACCGUCAAGAGCAGCGGGAGCCUGGCCCGCAGCCUGGGCCUGAAGAACAGCCGGAGCAGCCCCUCUCUCAGUGACUCGUAUAGCCACCUGUCUGGUCGGCCUGUGCGCAAAAAGACAGAGGAGGAAGAGAAGCUGCUGAAGCUGUUACAGGGCAUUCCCAGGCCCCAGGAUGGCUUCACCCAGUGGUGUGAGCAGAUGCUGCACACACUGAGCACCACGGGCAGCCUGGAUGUGCCCAUGGCUGUAGCGAUCCUCAAAGAGGUGGAAUCCCCCUAUGAUGUCCACGAUUAUAUUCGUUCCUGCCUGGGGGACACGCUGGAAGCCAAAGAAUUUGCCAAACAAUUCCUGGAACGGAGGGCUAAACAGAAAGCCAGCCAACAACGGCAACAGCAGCAGGAGGCGUGGUUGAGCAGCGGCUCUCUGCAGACCGCCUUUCAGACCAACCACAGCACCAAACUUGGCCCUGGGGAGGGCAGCAAGGCCAAGAGGAGGGCACUAAUGCUACACUCGGACCCUAGCAUCUUGGGGUACUCCCUGCAUGGACCUUCUGGUGAGAUCGAGAGCGUGGAUGACUACUGACCAGCCCGUCCCACCAGCCCCCCUGGACUGUAGGCCAGGGGCAACAGCAGCAGCUUGGACUCUUGGGUCCCCAGCUUGCAGGCUCCCAAUAAGGAGCAUAGGAGGAAGCAGGGGCAGGGUCCCCAGCACUUGUUACAAACCACACGAUGCACCUUAACUCACCCACCACGAGGCACUUUAAUAGUUUUGGGGGGAAGGUUUUUUUUUUCCUUUUAAAAAAAAUCUAAAAAUUGAAGAAAACGUUAGGAGAGACGAAAUUGUUAAAAACUAGACUCUAAGCACCCCUUCCCCCUCUGGGGAUUGUGGGGGUGACAAUGGAAGGUCCAGAGUUUUUUGUUUUGUUGGGUUGUGUUGUUUUUUUAAGAAAAAAGAAAAACGAGAAAAAAAAAGUUAGGAGGCUGAAAGAAAAAACACACUGUUAUUUUUGGGCAGUGGGGAUAUGGCCCCAUCAAUCUGUCCUGCCUGGCCCCCAAGGCUGCACUUACCCUCCCUGCCCUGCCAGAUGGGCCAUUGAGGUAACUGGAAGCUGGGGUGCCAGCAGUUUGCACAGCGAGGUCCCCUCAGCCCCACCGGCCGGACUGCUGUGAAAGGCCCCCUUAUUGCUAUGACUGUGGCAGAGGUGUCCGGGGUCGGGGCUAAAGGAGUCCCUUGGCUUUGCUGCUUUGGGGGAAAGUUGCACAAAUGGGCCAGGCCACCUCCCGUCCCCAGGUGGCUGACGGGGUAGAUGGCAGAGGGCCAGCCAGUGCCAACCUCAUCUGGCUGUCAGGACAGCAGAACUUCCACUCUGGCCCUGGUGAGGGGUUUCCUCCGCCACUGCCAUUAGGGGAACUGGGUGUGAAGCUGAAAGCCCAGCUCCCUGCCUUGCCACAUGAAUGUAUUCUUUGGGCCAUAAGCCCCUGCUGCAUCCCUUCGAGUGAGGUGGGACAACUAGUUCCUCCUGGGCUGGAGAGAGGCACCACUUAAUGACUAUUUCUCCUGUGAAGGGGGUGAGAAGAGGGGCCCAGGAGGCCAAGGGAGUGGGCAGCUUGGGGCUUCAGGUUGCAGUGUGGGGGCUGUUAGAAGGGAGCUUUCCACCUGCAGCCAGCUGGCUAUGGGAUGUGGACCACCCAGCUCUGCUCUGACCCCUCCAUUGACCAAACUGGAGAGAGUGAGUGGCCUCUCCCCUCCCUACUCCCCUGAUACAUUUUUAAUGUUGGGUAAGUUUGGGGGGUGGGGGGUCAAGAAUAGAUGUGUUGUUUCGCCUAAGUCAGGGGGAAGUGGUCCUUCUGCUCAUGGACCUAUUCCCAAUCACCUGCCUGGGUUUGUCUUCAUUUGUGUGUGUGUGUGUUUUAAGUUUGUUGUAUCUUUUGGGUUUCUCACCUAAUUUCUCCUGUUGACCUCACUGCUCAGAGUGCAGUAUUAGGGCAGGAUUCUGCCACUGCCUCCCCUCCAUGAAUGUAUUUCUCCUUCCUGCCCUGGGGAAAUGGGGAGCGGCCCCAGUUCCUUUCCCCCAUCCAUCCCCAGAGAGACCACGUGUUUUUGUUUGUUUUGGGGUGGUUGUUUUUGUUUGUUCAUUUGUUUUUGCACCAAAGUGGCAACUGGGUCAGUGUUGGGGGAAUAAAGCUGGCCUUGAGGGGUGGAGGGGCUCCCUCCACCUGCUUCUCCCUGGUUUCAACAGUGUUAGCGUCCGUGAAAAGACAAUAUUCUCUCUAAAGCAAUAAGGGGGUGAUGGGCCAGGGUGAAGUGUCUUGCUGCUGCUGGCCCCCCAGCUCCCCUUUUCCUUGCGCCAGUAUUUGGCGGCAUUAGAGGUGUGGGGGGAGUACUGUUGUGACUGAAUGUAACUGCCCCCACCCCUGCCGCAGCCAAUGCAGGGGGAGGGGGGAUAACACUCUUCCCCUCUCUUCCUUCCCCUUCCCCCUUAGCUAAAGAGACUUUGAGCCUGGAGAGGCCUUAACCCUGUGAGGAAGUGUAGGGGGAACCCUCUCCCACCCUAUCCCCUUCUGAGAGUGGUCAAUGUUUACAAGCCCCUGAGCCCUCCAAAGCCCAGGGACUCAUUCCCCCCCAUUGCUAUUUCCCAGCCCCUCUUCCUGGGCCCUGGCUGCUCUCCGGCCCUUCCUGGGGUUAGGGUGAGGUGCAAGGGCCUUCUGUAUCCCCUUGUCUGCCUUGUACCCGAAGUCUCCCCCACCCUGUUACUCCUCCCUCUUCUACCUGCCCCUGUAAAUACUACCCCCAAUAAAACUUGGUGUGUGUUCCCUUCA